GUGAUUGGCUACACGAACAAACUACUGAUACUCGUACGUUUUUGAUUGGUCGAAUUCCAUACAAUCCCUUUCCCACUUUUCGUAGUAAAAAUUGUCAGCUGUCAUAAGUUGUCAAUAAUAUUCCGGUUGCUCGUUUUUAACGUUAAAUACUUACAAAUAUUUUACAAUUAAAUAGAAAACUCGAAUUGUGUGUAAUAAUAAGAAUAAGACUUGCAUGUCUUGGAGGCGCUACAAUGAAUUGUAGUAUACGAAUCUUCAUCUUCGUGGUUCUCAUAAGCACAGGAGUAUUAUCGGAAAAUGCAGCCGACGAGGACGUAACGGUAGAGACGAUAGAGGAAUCGCCCGGUUCGGACAUCCAGUACGAAAGCCCCGUUCCAUCGGACCCGAAGAAAGUGUACUUUGCCGAGCACUUCGACGAUCCGAACGGUUUCCAGAAGAACUGGAUCAAAUCCCAAGCCAAAAAGGACGGCCUGGAAGAGGAGAUAGCCAAGUACGAUGGACUCUGGGAACUGGAACCCGCCCAAAAAGACAGCCUGCCGGGCGAUAGUGGAUUAGUUUUGAAAACGAAAGCGAAACACGCCGCCAUUUCGGCCCAUCUAUCGAAACCGUUCGUGUUCAACGACAAGCCGUUGGUGCUCCAGUACGAGGUGCUGCUGCAAGACGGCCAAGAAUGCGGCGGGGCCUAUUUGAAGCUGCUCAGCGACGGUCCCGAGACCAAGAACCUGAACGAUUUCCACGACAAAACGCCCUACACCAUCAUGUUCGGCCCCGACAAGUGCGGCAACGAUCACAAAUUGCACUUCAUCUUCAAACACAGGAACCCGUUGAACGGCAGCCUGGAAGAGAAGCAUUGCCAAAAGCCGAAGGAACGCAUCGAAGAGUACUUCUCCGACAAGUUGCCCCACCUCUACACGUUGGUCCUCAAUCCGGACAACACGUUCGAGAUGUCGGUCGACAGGAAGCUGAUCAAUUCGGGCAGUUUGCUGGAGGAUUUCGUGCCGCCGGUGAAUCCUCCAUUGGAAAUCGACGAUCCCGAUCAGAAGAAACCCGACGAUUGGGACGAAAGGGAGAAGAUCCCCGAUCCGGAGGCGGUGAAACCGGACUUUUGGGACGACGACGCGCCGGCGCAGAUCUACGACGAAUCCGCCGUGAUACCGAACGGGUGGUUGGAAACGGAGCCGUCGCACAUUCCCGAUCCGGAUGCCGUCAAACCAGCCGAUUGGGACACCGAUAUGGACGGUGAAUGGGAGCCGCCUUUGAUCGAGAAUCCGUUGUGCAAGAACGCCCCGGGUUGCGGCCGUUGGGAGCCGCCGUUGAUCAACAAUCCGGAGUACAGGGGUAAAUGGAGGGCGCCGAUGAUCGACAAUCCGAAUUACAAGGGGAAAUGGAGGCCUUCGAAAAUACCGAAUCCGGAUUACUUCAAGGACGAUCAUCCGUUUAAGAUGACGGCUGUGUCUGCGAUUGGAUUCGAGCUGUGGUCGAUGUCUCAGGAUAUACUGUUCGAUAACGUGAUUAUCACCGAUGAUAUUGCUGUGGCCGAUAAAUGGGCGGCCGAUACUUUCGAUAAGAAACGCCAGAAGAUCGCCAAGGAAUCUGAAAGCUUUGUUCAACGAAUAGCCAAUUUAACAAACGAAUACCCGAUGUUGUGGGCCGUAUACAUUCUAGUCCUUGCCAUUCCUGUAGUAUUUGUAUUGUAUCUAUGCUGCUCGCCAAAUCCUGCUGCUAAAGAGGAAAAGGAAGAACUUACCCGUCUCGCAGAGAAGAAAAAGACUGACGAACCCACUGAGGAUAUCGAAGAGAACGUAAUAGAAGGAGAGGGCGAUAAUAAAGCCGAUGAGGAUGAAGAAGAUGAAGAUGAAGAGAAAAACUCCGAGCCCGAUUCGGAUGAUAACGAUGAGGAGGAAUCGAAAGAGGGAGAGCCCAAAGCUAAAGCGUCCGGGGAAGGCCCGAGGAAGCGAAAAGCGCGAAAAGAAUAAAACGUUCGACUCUUACGUGCACUAUAUAUUUUUUGUAAUGCGCCAAAAAACACCAAAUUUAGUUUCUUUUAAUAGCCCCCAAAUUACCGUAUUAAGAUGUUUGUUAUAUUUACAAUUGUAACUUCGUAGAUCUUAGAUCACCUCGUAAAUGUACAUGUUCUGUUUUUGAUACGCAGAGAGAAAGAGAGGUGUUAUUUGCGUUAUUUGCGUCGCGCUUUGACACGUUGUUUAUUGUUUAUCGGCAGGUUUAAAUUUAAUUGUAUCGAUUUGAACAAAUUAGUGUUAUCAAAUACAUAGGGAAUUGUCUUAUCACGUUAUUUACCAAUGAACUGUUUAAUAAAUAUGUUGUUGUGCUACGUUUUUAUUUAGAAUAUGUUAUAAUUAAAAAAAAUAGUCGUGUAUGUGCAGUCGUAGUAUGUUUCGGAAUAUCAAAUAGCACCUCUCGAGUUUUUUUCGGGAUACGAAGAAUCCAGUACACUUAGUCAUAAAGAGUCGUUUAAUAUAUUUAGUAAAUUAUUAUCGAGAACGGUAAGUCUUUUGUACAUAUUUUUUAUGUAUUUGCUAGGUGUCGCAGAGUAAACGGACCAAGUGUAAGAUUUCGUUUCGAGCUGAAUAAAAAAAAAUCGUUGAAAAUAUA